GGGAAAAAAAGAGAACCAGCCCCGGGUUUCGCUCGGAUAGCCCGCCCGGGGCGCUCACCUGCCGCCCACGUUAACGAGAACGCCGCGACACAUUGUCAUGAAGCUCUGGGAGCUGGUGGCUCCUGUUGUUGCUCAGGGGGUUGCCACCUCUGGGUCUCUCUCAUCCUGCCCCAAACUACAAUAUGACAUGAACGUGAGGUCCCAAGUGUGAGUGAGUGUGGAUUUUUAAGAGGCACAAAACGGAAAAAGACAUGAGGGCUCAGACAAAUAAGAGGCAGAUCCGGGGCGGACUCUACCGAGUCCCGCGUUUAGGAUGGCCGCUGACGCCGUCAGCAUUCCCAGCCCGGUGGUGCGCCAGAUCGACAAGCAGUUCUUGAUCUGCAGCAUCUGUCUGGAGCGAUAUCACAACCCCAAAGUUCUACCUUGCCUGCACACUUUCUGUGAAAGGUGCCUGCAAAACUACAUCCCGGCCCACAGUCUGACGCUGUCGUGCCCCGUGUGCCGCCAGACGUCCAUCCUGCCCGAGAAGGGGGUGGCGGCGCUGCAGAACAAUUUCUUCAUCACCAACCUGAUGGACGUCCUGCAGCGCUCGCCAGCCCAUCGCCGGGUGGGCGGCGGCGGCCAUGAGGCGGCGGCCGUCCUCAACGACAUGGCCACCGUGGCGGCGGGGCAGCUGCUCUCCUGCCCUAACCACGGAGGCAACGUGAUGGAGUUCUACUGUCCGCCAUGCGAGACGGCCAUGUGUCAAGAGUGCACGAGUGGCGAACACAGAGAACACCCCACCGUGCCGCUGAAAGACGUCGUGGAGCAACACAAGGCCUCGUUACAGGAGCAGAUGGACGUCGUCAAGAGGAGGUUGCCGGAGAUCGACAGCGCCCUACUGAUGCUUUCAGAGGUCCUGCAACGGCUGACCGGUCGAAAGAGCGCCAUCGAGGAGGACAUCCACGCCGCCUUCGACGAGCUGCAGAAGACGCUCAACGUACGCAAGAGCGUCCUGCUCAUGGAGUUAGAAGUCAACUUUGGCCUCAAGCAGAAGGUGCUGCAGGCUCAGCUGGACAACCUGUUGCAGGGACAGGACGGCAUCCGCAGCAGCUGCGACUUCACCGAGCAGGCCCUGAGCCACGGCGGCGAGGCCGAGGUGCUGCUGGUCAAAAAGCAGAUGAGCGAGCGCCUGGCGGAGCUGGCGGCGCAAGAGCUCCCCUUGCGGCCUGGCGAGAACGACCAGCUGGACUGCUGCUUGGAGACAGAGUGCGUGAAGAAGUCCAUCCACAACCUGGGCAGCGUGGUGACCACCAACGCUGUGGCGUCUGAGACGGUGGCCACUGGCGAGGGCUUGCGGCACUGCGUGGCGGGGGUGCCCACCUCCAUCACCGUAACCACCAAGGACAAAGACGGCGGGCUUUGCAAGAUGGGCAACGCCGUCCUGACGGCGGAGAUCUCCGCGGCCGACGGCAGCAAGGGCGACGGCGAGAUCCUGGACAACAAGAACGGCACCUACGAGUAUCUGUUCACUGCUCCAAAAGAGGGCACCUUCACGUUGUCCCUGCGCCUGUACGAGGAGCAUAUCAAAGGCAGCCCUUUCAGGACCAAGGCCAGCAAGUCGGCGGACGCUUCGGCGGCAUCCGACGACGUCAAGAAGAGGCUCAAGUCGCAGGGCAGCAGCGGGCACGUCAAGCAGAGGGCCAUCAAGAGGCCCGCCAGCAUGUACAGCACCGGGCGCAGGAAAGAGAACCCCAUCGAGGACGACCUCAUCUUCAGAAUCGGCACCAAAGGGCGAAACAAAGGCGAGUUCACCAAUUUGCAGGGCGUUUCCACAUCGGUGGGAAAAGUGCUCAUCGCAGACAGCAACAACCAGUGCGUGCAGAUUUUCUCCAAUGAGGGCCUGUUCCGGAGUCGCUUCGGGGUGCGGGGCAGGACCCCCGGUCAGCUGCAGCGGCCCACGGGUGUGGCCGUUCACCCCAGCGGCGACAUCAUCAUCGCCGACUAUGACAACAAGUGGGUCAGCAUCUUCUCCAGCGACGGAAAGUUUAAGAACAAGAUCGGCUCGGGCAAGCUGAUGGGUCCCAAGGGCGUGUCGGUGGACAGGAACGGUCACGUAAUUGUGGUGGACAACAAGGCCUGCUGCGUCUUCAUUUUCCAGCUCAACGGCAAGAUGGUCACCAAGUUUGGUAACCGCGGCAACGGCGAUAGGCAGUUUGCAGGUGACGGGCCUCACUUUGCUGCCGUCAACAACAACAAUGAAAUCAUCAUCACGGAUUUCCACAACCACUCAGUCAAGGUGUUCAACACGGAGGGGGAGUUCCUGUUGAAGUUUGGCUCCAAUGGCGAAGGCAACGGUCAGUUCAACGCCCCCACAGGGGUGGCCGUGGACGUCAACGGGAACAUCAUCGUGGCGGACUGGGGCAACAGUAGGAUCCAGGUGUUCGACGGCAGCGGUUCCUUCCUGUCCUACGUCAACACGUCGGCCGACCCGCUGUACGGCCCUCAGGGUCUGGCGCUCACUUCGGAUGGACACGUGGUCGUGGCCGACUCGGGAAACCAUUGCUUCAAAGUCUACCGCUACUUGCAGUAGCCCCACACGCGCUCCCCACAAUAAACUACGACACACACACGCACAGUAUUGUGUGUGUGUGCACUCACGUAAGGAGCGGAUUUGCACUCAUCCACAAUCACCUGUUGUGUGCCAUUUGUGCCACUGGGACUGCCUGUUUUUUUUUGUUUUUGUUUUGUUUGUUUUUUUUUUAGGUUUUUUUUUGUUGUUGUUUUUUGUGCUUUUAGGAGUCACUUAAAACCAACGUACACAUUCCAUUGCAUAAUUUUGCCUGAUGACUUAAAAAGUAUCAUACCAAGGAGUAUUAAUGCUAUGAUGAAAAGGGGAAAAAAUUGUAACAAUGCAAAGGAAAAAAAAACAAUACAAAAGAGGUUAAAAAUAUAUAUAUAAUCAAAUGGAAAUAAAGACAUGAUAUCGUGAGAAUAUUUUUUAUCAGUUAUGUCACAUUCAGAACAAAAUGUUUGACUCUAUGAGGGAAAACGUUGCAACAUUAAGAGAAUAAAAUGUUUAGGGUUAGGGUAUUAGGGUAAAUAUUUUGACAAUAUUUCCGUCGCGCGGAUAAAGACGGAGAGUUGAAAAAUAAUGUUGGAAGAAUAACAGCAUCUUGACAAGAAGGAGAAUUAAGAUGGAAUAUCAAGGAGGGAAAAAAAAGCAAGUUUUAAUAUUUCAAAAACAAAAUGGUAGUAUGAUAAGAAGUCGUCACCAGGAAAAGAAAGUUAACGUCACGAAAAAAAAAAGGAACAAGAAGGGUUUUUUUUCCCAGAAAGUGGUCAGAUUUUGUUUUCAUCUUUUUUCACUUUUCUAGUAAACUAGGAUUUCAACUUGUCACAAUAAUUUGGCUUCAUUAUUGGAAAAAAAAAUCUUGUGUUCCAUUUUUUUUCCUCAUCAAAAUUAAUAUUCCUUGAAUACUUCAAUUUCAUCCCAAAAUUUUUUUCUCUCAUGAUGACUUUUCAUUAUUAUAUUCAUAUUAUGACUGUUCUUGAAAAAAAAUCGUACUUUUUCUUGAAACAUUCCGAUUUUAGUCAUGUGACAUUAAAACUUUUAUUGUCAAAAAUGAACAAUUAUAAAAUAAUCCUUAAAAUUUUACAAUUUUAUUCGGGUCACAUUUAAUCAUUUUUACUCCUCAAUUUUCCUCGGAAAUUGUGAUUUUUCUUACGUAAAUCCUUUUUUUCUGUCUUUAUUCUCAUGUCAUUUUCCUUGUAAUUUACUAAUUUACUCUUGUGAAUAUUUUGACUUUUUACCCCCUCUUGUCAAACUACAACUUUCUUCUCGUUGUACAUUUUUUUUCCCUUUUCAUCAUGGCCCGAAUAGCCCUCGGUUGCUUUGCACUGCAUAACGCUGUAGCGGACAGAGUCUCACUCUAUUUCUUCGGACAACGCACUCAAGUUAUAACUGAGAUAUGUGUCGCGCAAAAUACGUGCAUGUCCACUACAUGCGGUGUGAUACAAUAAUGCUAAACAUAUGCAUGACUUUAAUAAGCAUCAAUGUCGCGUGUCACCGAUUAGAGGAGAGAGAGAGAAAAAACAAAAACCCUAACCCACGUGCUACUGAGUCACUAAGUGCAAUCUGCUGUGUUGUGACGCCUUACACCUUCGAACCAAAAAAUAUUUGACUAGAAUUACGUACUAAUAAAGUAUAUUGUAGCAAAUAAAUAGUUUAACCGUACAGAGACUACAGGCUGCAACGUUUUUGACGAGGAUAUUUUUUUCUACCCAUUCUUAUCAAAUUAUGUUUUCCAUUUUCUUGUUUAUCUUUCUCUUGAUGUAGAAUGGAAUUAAAGUGCCCACUGG